AUGAUCAUCUACGAGGACGUUAUCUCCGGUGAUGAGAUGCUUGCCGACACCUUCAAGAUCGUCGAGAGCAAGGACUGCCCCAUCCUGUGGGAGGUCGACUGCCGCAAGUACAUGAAGUCCGCCAACGAGGACUUCCAGCUCGAGGGUGCCAACCCCUCGGCGGAGGGUGAUGACGAGGAGGGUGGUGAGGGCGAGUCCAAGAUGGUCCACGACAUCGAGGACCAGUUCCGUCUUGUCUGGCUCAAGACCGAGGAGGGCCUUAAGCCCUCCAAGGAUGCCUUCAAGGGUCACCUGAAGUCCUACGUCAAGAAGGUCCUCAAGGCCCUCGAGGCCAAGGGUGACACCGAGGCCAUUGCCCAGUUCAAGGCCCACGCCGCCGCCGCCAUCAAGAAGAUCUCGGCCAACUACGACAACUACGAUGUCAUGAUGGGCCAGUCCAUGGACGGUGAUGCCAUGCACAUCCUGAUUGAUUUCCGCGAUGACGGCGUCACCCCCUUCGCCACCCUCUGGAAGCACGGUCUGAAGGAGAACAAGGUCUAA